UUUCCCGCUACUCUUAAUUCUCGCCAUUUACUAAAGGAUACGCCCGAGUCCAUCUACCUAUACCAAGCCCUCGUGAAGAGCAAUGCUCACCAAGGUGCAGCUCCUCGCCCUCCUGCUUGCUGGUACCCUAGUCCCAUUUGCCUCGGCGGUACCCACAACUAGAGCUAUUCGAGCCCAAAAGAUCCUGCCUCAAGCCUCAUCCCGCGAGCUUUACGUCCGACAUGCUCAAGAAGAAACUACACCGGACGACCUAAUUCCCGAGGGACAAGUACCCAUUGUGGACAUUCCACAGUCGACUGACACCCGUGACAGUCUGGAUCCUCCAACCCCUAUUCCCCUCGGCGAAUACCAAAAAAUGAAAAUGUUAAGGAGGGCAAAUUAAGUCAGAUAUUCAUGUGACCUAUUCUUUAUAGUUUGUAGUUUUGUCUUCUGCUGUUACCUUAGUGUUGCUUAUUUUUGCGUAGGUUUAAUUUUUGGGGUUAGACGAUGUGUAUGUACCCGGAGUGAUAUCAGAAUGAAUAGAUGCAACACUUUGCUGGCUAAGA